AUGGCCGAACAUGAGUGGACAGGCCCGGUGACCAGCACACAUGCUGGCAACGAUGUCCGAGCAGGAGAGGCACAUGACAAGGUGUCGCGGAGUGUCAGCGAGGUAGGCAUGCGGGAGCGGCAGUACCAGCGUGGCUCCUGGAAGCCUGGAGGCUGUGGUCAUCAAUCCAGAAUCAGCGCAUGUAAAGCUCGGUGUCUGAAACGAGGUGUAUCCGCAUCGAUGUCCCGAGGGCGAGUCACGAAACACACGACGGGAAUUGCCAAAGAUAGCAAUGCCGAAUCAGGUCGGGAUGAUCGACGCCCAGCGUUUUUGUCGCGCGUUGUCGAGCUGCCCACGGGUCCUGGCGCGUUCGACGCACUGUCGGAUGCGCUGCAGGCCUCGAUCGACGAUGAAGCGGCUCUGCGCAAGCUGUUCGCAACAGAUAAGACGAGCCCUCGCCUGAACAAUCCACACGUCGGCCUUGUCGACGUCUUCGAUGCGCCGGCGGCCAUUCGCACGACGCGGGCUCGAGUGGUGAAGAACGAGAGCGAUGUGUCAGCUAAGUUCAUCCUGCCUCUUUCUGAGGACCGUCGUCGGAAGGAAGGCACGCCGGCGAUGGUGGCGACGCUUGACGAGUUCAAGCAGAAAUUGGCGCUCUUCACAGAAGGGUCGCUGUCGCAGCUGACCGACUGGAAGAACGUGGUGGCGGCGGGCGGUGCAGUGCAGGCGUGUCUGAGUCCUGUCCCCGCAUCUGCCAAGGUGUCGAAGAGAGCGCUGCGCAAGCACUUCCACAACACGCGUAUCCGACGUCGGACUCUGACGGCGGCAGAAGCUGAGAAGAAGACACAGGCGAUCUACGAGGCCGUGCGCGACUCUGUUCCGUGGGACGUGACGUGUGUGCGCUCGAGGCACACCGUGUCCAUUCACUCGCAGUACCCGUAUCGGGCGGUGCAGAUUGUGCUGCGUCUAUACCGGUCUCCGCGGUACCGGUCUCCCGCGGAGAUCCUUGCAGGGUUCGACGUGGAUGCGCCGUGCUGUGCAUACGAUGGGAGGCGUGUGUGGGCGAGCCCUCGGGCGAUCGUGGCGAUGAUGCGACAGUGCAACACGGUGGACAUGACGCGUCGGUCGCCGUCGUAUGAGAUACGGCUGGCCAAGUACUCUUCGCGCCACUUUGAGGUGUAUGUGCCCACUCUUCGGCGCGACGACGUGAAUCCGACGAUCUUCGAGCGAGCGAUCUCGCGGACUCAGGGACUCGGGCGUCUGCUUGUGCUCGAGAACAUCAGGAAUGGGGUUGCCCGCGACAGCUAUGUCGACGCUCGGCGUGCUCUACGCGGACGUCCGAAUGCUCAACGUGAUUGGAAGAGGCACGGUCGGAAGAACAAGGGCGACCUGAAGACGAACCUGGAUUUCACCGGACUCGAGAUGAAUGACUAUGACACUGGGGCACUGCACAUACCGUAUGGACCUGGGUGGAAUGCUCGGCGGAUCGACAAGUUGGUGUACCAAACGGAUCUGGGCGUGAACUCAUCGUUCAAUCCGAACAACGAAGGGCAUCGGCUGCAUCGUCACCCAGCCUUCUUUGGGACAAUUUCAGAAUGUCUAGAGGAUUGCUGUGAGGUUAAUGAUGAGCCUGAGGACGACGACGAGAAGCAACUCCAAGCGAAGGAAGACGCCACAUACGUCCGGGGUCGUAUCCAAUUCAUCGAAGAAGACCCCGGGCGGCAGAGUAUCUCCGGUAGCUUCAAUCCUAUCCACGUCGGAGAGUGGGCCGAGCAGGCAUACAUCGGGGCGACGGAGAGGCUCUUCAAAGCCAUCGCAUCUGGCAACAGACCGGCAGUCGUGGCCCUGGUGCAAGAGGACCGUGCACACCUUGAUCGCCGCGACCGUGUCGGCCGGACGCCAUUGCAAGUAGCGGUGCUACUUGGUCUGGCCGACGUUGUGCGGAGAAUGCUCGAGCGAAGCGCCAUCAACGGUGAGAAAGCGGAGGAGUUGAAGUCGGCUGCACCACAGAUGGUGGGUGGCGAGACCCGUAUGGUGAGCUCGGGCCGCGGAGAUGAACACAAGGAGAACGGAGAGGACGAUGACAUCCACGACGGGAGUGACGAAGGAUCGGUGGUCGAGGGCCACAGCCACGAUGUCAAGGUCGUCAAGGUUGCCACGGACGUCGACGAAGCGCAGACAUCGGACAACGAAAGCGAGGCAGACGUCAAUGCCACGGACUGGGAUUUCGUCUUCACACCACUGCAAUAUGCGAUUCUUGCGGGCUCCACUGCCGUUGUCGACCUGCUCAUCGUCCAUGGUGCCGACGUCUCUCUUGUGACUGUGGCAAACGGAUGGAACGUGCAUCAAUUCGACCAUCUGACGAUAACCGCGUUGACAAGGCACGAGCGCAUUAGAGGCGAAAUCGCACGGAAGCUCAUUGCUGCUGGUGCCACAUCGUCGCAGGCAGACGAGAAUCUGCUCACAGUGUUCCACCGGAUUGUCCGUUCUGGCAAGGCUGAUCUCGUCCUGACGCUGCUCCGUUGCGAUCCCAGCGCGAAAGCCGUAGUGAAUACGCCGUACGUCGACGCACAGGCACGCACCGUGUAUCCUGUCGUGUCUGCCAUCGACAAAGGGCACUACUCUGUGCUGGCGGUCCUGCUUGCGUACAAGGCGAAGCUUGUGCUCGGCGAGGACGAUUAUGACCACUUCAAGACUAUCAGAAAGCCACACACUUACUACGCAAACUCCAGAGACCACAUAGACAAUGCCCGUACGCCUCUUGAAGCGGCGGCCCAGCGUCGAGACGAUGUUGCAAGCUUACUGCUAGACGCUGGGGUGGAUGUGAACGCGCCUCUUUCCAUUACGAAAGGGUAUCAGUCGGAAUACACUCCUCAUCAUACACUGCUUGACUGGAUACAAUCCGCCACACACAAGGCAAGGGCGGCACAGGGCAAGCCGUCGGAGUCCGACACGGCGGAUGAUGUGCUGGAGGCAGCAAGCACGCUGCUUGAGCUGCGCCCAACACGAAUGACGGAAGCAUUGCAUGCAAAGAUCAACUUCUCCGGGUUCAACCAUGUCCUUGCUGUUGCAAACUGGGGCGUCAAUCCAGAGUUGUUCGACCUCCUGGUCAACAAGGGUGUUUCCGUGACCGACACUGAUCACAGAGGGUGGAAUAUCUUUCAUCACUUCGCAGUACACUCAAGCGAGUACCAUGCAAAGCUCAUCAAACGCGCGUUGGCCACUUUUCCGGAGGACGUGGUCAAAAAGAUGUUAAUGCAGCAAUCCAAAGGCUUGAAAUAUACUCCUCUCGCUCUCGCAGUCAAGCGCCAUCACAUCGACAUGGUCCGCAUACUCGUAGAAGCCAAGGCAUUGCCUUAUCUCCUGCGCGACGUCCACGGCAUGACCCCACUCCAUAUAGCCAUUCAAGAGGGGCGGCCCAAGCUCACGCAGCUCCUCAUCGAUGCAGGCCCCGUCGAGGCGCUGUACAUGGAGGACAGUGUCGGCUCGACGCCACUCGAGGUAGCGGAGGUGUGGGCGCUGCGCAUCAUCACACACGAAGGCUUCCCUUGUCGGAUGGAGAUUCCAAAAGCAUGCGAGCACAACGCAAGUGAGCAGCUUGAACGCUGCAGCUUUGACCUGCCCACGCAGGAGCGCGAAGUCGGCCGGCCGCGCGCAGUCGUCAGCGAGCUGGUCAAGGAGGGUUACCUGAAGGCGGGCACGAAGCUCGCGAUGGCGCUACAUGCGUUCUCGGAGCGCAUGGACGCGAAGGUCUCUAAAGUACGGGCGGAACAGGACGUACUCGAGGAGGCGGAGAAGACCAGGCAGGCUGCGGAGGGCACAAAGGGCCCAGACGAGCGCACUCCGGAGGUAGAAGAGGAGACUGAUGUCCUGGCGACACUCGAGGUUGUCCGGCGGGCGGUGGUGGCGCGAGGGGGGGCACAGCCACGCCUGCUGGCACACAUCCUGGACGUUCAUAAGUCGGUGGAGAAGAGCCUAACGGCCUCUGCGAGCCCGACAUGUAUUCAGGUAACGCGGAAGCGCAAUAAUGAGCUCGCGCCAGAGGUGGAGGAGGAUGUGAAGGCGCGGUUGACAGAGGGCAACGCCCUGUCGUUCGGGGGAGAAGAGAUGUUUGCGCGGGUUACGCCGUUCGCAUAUGAGGAUGACAUGCCACAGGAAUGA